GCCCAUCUCUUUUCCUUCUUCUUUCUUCUCUUCUUUCUUCUUUUCCUAUUACCCUUCGACCUUCUCUGUUCUACUUGAACGCAGAGAGAGAGAGAGACAAGAGAGUGAGAUCGAGAGAUGGAGAGGGAGAUCAGAGAGAGAGAGUUGGGAGUAGAGAGAUGAAACUGAGAGAGAGCCGAGAGAUGAGACCGAGAUCGGGAGAGUUGAGGGAGAUGGAGCCCGAUCCUCCAUGGAUCGACGCCGGUGAUGCGAGUUCCGGCCGACUCUACCGAUGGGUCGACUAUGGUGGUGCCUAGGACUCGAUUUCCGGUGGAACCCAAGAGCUUGGACCUGCAACCCGCGACCCGAACCCAAGAACCCGUGAGACCCGAUCUUUCGGUGGUGUUGUCCGGCGAGUCCUCCGACGAACCAGAGCCGAUUUCCGGCCUUGCUUCGGAUAGUGUCCGAAUUGGAGACUUCAAUGGGUUCUCCAAUGUAGAGUCUGAGUCGUGGGUCCAAUGCAGCCAAGAUGAUGUUUCUUUGGCUGCAGGUAUUCCAGUCGUAGUAUAUGGUGUUGUAGAAGUAUACUGAGGAUAUUAUGACUGAAGCUCAACGCGACGGUUGUAAUGUGUUAGACCGCGGGAUGUCUAUUCCUUUAGGUAUUUUGAUUAUCGCUUGUGACGCUUGUGCCACAUGAUCUUUGUUAAGCCAUUUAUGUUAUGUAUUUAAUUCGAGGAAAAAUUUAAUCAUAUAGUUAUUUAAUGGCUCUUUGUUGUAAUUAUUUGUGAUAGGUGUAUAAGAUGUGACUUCCGCUAUUAGGUUA